GGCAUACUGUAGAUUCAUGUGCAACCUCUCCUCUCAUCCCAUCACCACCCUUCUAUUUUUAGGACAUUUCUCUGAAACCCUAGAAUCCCAAACCAGGAUGCAUCUGAAUUAUGGAUAGUUUUUAAGAUGACUUGAAUGCGGUUGAAUUUCUUUAGGAAAUGGGUACCUGCGCAUUUUGAAUGUCUUUGUGAUUUGGGUAUGGGUGGGAUUGAGAAUUGGCAAUCAUAAUAAAGAAAUUUAAUUCGAGGUUUGUUUAUGUGGGUAAUUUAAAUUUGGUUGAUGUUUGGAGAAUGAGCUGAAAUUGGUUACAUAGUGCAGAUGUUAAUCUGGUGUGGAAUAGGAGUUCAUGUUGUAAAAUUUUGUGGAAGGUGUGAUUAAAUUGUGAAUAAGCAUGGAAGAUGAGCUAAGGGUUGAUAAAAUGGAAAGAACAGAAGAUGCUGGUGAGCUAAGUGGUGUUAAAAUGGAAAGAAAAGACGAUGCCAAUGAACUACAGGGUGUUAAAAUGAAAAUAAAAGAAGAUGCUGAAGCACCGGAUGACCAUUCAUCAUCAACAUAUCGGGUCUUGCAGCAUAUUUCAGAGGAAGCAGUUAGAGUGGCUGGUGGAGCAAUAUAUAGUGUUUACCCAGGCAGUUCAAACAUGCCGCCGCCAGCUUUGGGUCCGGGGCACAAACGAAGUCAAAGUGAAGUUGUGACUGGUAAGCACAGGCGAAGUAAUAGUUUCCAUAGAUGGAAGUCUCAUAUGCAGAGGGCUUUGCGAUGGGGUAGCAAUCCACAAGAUCAAGGUUCCCAGUCAACAUUCAAUCCUGAAAUAUUGGCUAACCAGAAGCGUCAGUGGUAUCAGCUUCAUUCUAAAACUCCGGAUAAUACAAACUAUCAGGAGCCUACGUCACUUUUUGAGCACUUUAUUAUUGUGGGUCUUCAUUCAGAUGCUAACCUCAACAUUGUGGAGGAUGCAUUUGCCAAAAGGAAGAAGUGGGAGUCAGAUAUGGCACAAUCUGAAGUAGAUUUGAAAGAGCAAUGGGGGCCUUCAAUUCCAACACUAGAGCCUCAGAUACUUUUUAAAUAUCCUCCUGGGAAGAAGUUAGCUCUCCGUAUGAAGGAUUUAGCUGCCUUCUGUUUUCCUGGAGGCAUCAAGGCACGUGUAUUGGAGAGAACUCCCUCACUAAGUGAUCUAAAUGAACUUGUUUAUGGACAGGAGUAUUUAGGCAGGGAUGAUUUAUCAUUUGUUUUUUCUCUCAAGGUGGCAGACAAUGCAACACUUUAUGGUGUUUGCUUACUUGUGCCAGAAAUUGUUCAGAAGGCACCUGCUAUCCUAGGUGCCUCAUCACCCCUUUCACACCGACCUGGAGGAAGCUGCCAUUUUUUGGUUUCUGCACCUCGCUGUUAUUGUCUGUUAACAAGGAUCCCUUUCUUUGAGUUACAUUACGAGAUGUUGAACAGUAUAAUUGCACAAGAGCGCCUGAAUCGGAUAACACAUUUUGUCAAUCUGAUUUCUCUCCCUGAUCACAUCUCAUCAACAUCCAAGCAACAUGAUCAAAUGGAUGAGAAAAGUGAUUCCCCUGACAGGGAGUGCUCUACUGAUUGGAUGGCUUAUGCAAUACCUCUUAACAGUGCACUAGCUGUUACAGCUGCUGCUGCAGGCAUUAUAUCAGAUGAUGAGCUCCCAUCCUCUUCAUUGAGAAUGUCAGAACCUCCAUCUACUGAAAGUGUUACUGCUAAUGAGGCUUCAGAUUUUAGUGAAGUAAAGGAAGUAGAUAAGGAGGCUGGACAGAAUUUGCAAUAUCUUGAUGGUUAUGCUUCUGAAACCUUGGAACCUCAAUUUGAUGGUCCAGAAAGAAUGAAUGGAAGCUAUGAACAUGGCCAAACUGAUUCUGAUAUCAGGACAUUUUCCUGUCCUAAGAAGCACACGUUGGAGCACCUUGAUAGUUCUGAAUCCUUGUUCAGUUGUGGGAAAGGCAUGGGAUCAGAGGAUGAAGAUGAUGUUUUUCUAGGCCUUGAAAAAGAUGCUGGGGAUGAUGUAAUAAUGGAUUGGGCAAAGGAGCAUCAAAACGAUUUGCUACAGAUAGUUUGCAGUUAUCAUGCUCUGCCACUUGCCCCUCGAGGAAGUAAGAUAGUUUUUCAGCCCCUCGAACUUCUGCAGGCCAUUGAGUAUAAUCGACCUCCAAUUUCUGCGCAUUUCAUAAGAUUGCAUCCUUCACUGAAACCUGCUGAGGCCAAUGUCAAGUUAGCUGCUGCUGAGGAAGCUCUUGCACUAUCAAUAUGGACAACAGCAACAGUUUGUCGAGUUCUCUCCCUUGAAAGUGUUUUGGCAUUGCUUGAAGGAGUAUUGCUGGAAAAGCAAGUGGUAGUAACAUGCUCAAAUCUGGGUGUUCUAUCGGCCACAGUGUUAUCUCUUAUUCCCAUGAUUCGUCCAUUUGAAUGGCAGAGCUUAUUGCUUCCUGUUUUACCGAGGAAGAUGUUCGAUUUUCUUGAUGCCCCUGUUCCUUUCAUUGUAGGCAUACAAAAUAAAAUAUCCGAUUUGAAGAUGAAGACUUCUAAUCUUGUUCAUGUUGAUGUGUUUAAGGAUCAGGUGAAGACGUGUUGCUUGCCUGCCCUUCCUCGACAUAAAGAGCUUGUUUCUGAACUAGGUCCACUACAUGCUAAGUUGGCAUGUCAGAAUUCAAUUGCUAAAAGGCAUCCUGUAUAUAAGUGCAAUGAAGUGCAGGCUGAAGCUGCUGCCCAAUUUUUGCAUGUGAUGAGGCGCUACCUGGAGUCAUUUUGUUCAGAUUUGAGAUCUCAUACAAUCACUAGUGUACAAUCAAACAAUGACAGGGUUUCAUUACUUCUCAAGGAUAGCUUUAUUGAUUCCUUUCCCAAUAGGGACAAACCAUUUAUCAAGCUAUUUGUAGAUACACAACUAUUCGCUGUUCUAUCAGAUUAUCGUCUGUUAUGCUUUGAGAAUGAGCAUGCCUAAACUGUACCAAAUACAUCAUUUCACAACUUAAAGAUGCUAGCCCAGAAAUUCAAUGGAGAAAGCAGGUAAGGAAGUGUGAAGGAAACAACUUCUGUUGCUACUAAUAGUGACCAUCCGACUCUUUCAUCAGUCUUAAACAUUCUCGACGCCAUUCAUGGUGGUUUGACAUGCAGCCAAAAAGGCUGCAAAAUUGAUUUUUGUGAUGUAAUGUUAUACUAAUAAUUGCAGAUGCCUUGUACUGAUGAACAGCCUGUUGUACUAACACAACUGGUCAUUAUCCCAAUCUUUUAUGAGGGAGAUGAUGUUGGGCUUAUCAAAGAUCAGCCUCUCUUCAAAUUCUUGUAAAUGUUGAUACCCCAAUAAAACAUUUUAUGAAGAAAUUGUUGUUCCUAUUCCCUCAUCUGAUUUGUUCUAACCUUGAGACUGUUUUGAUCAUUUAUGGCUUUAAUUGGCAACAUUUUGAAGUA